UUAUCAAAUACUACUUCAACUGUUAACUUUUGAUUUAGAGUAGGAAUGGCUAACUGAUCUUCCUUCGUUUUCCAAUCCGCAUGCAAUGUCUCUGCCAUGCAAAAGCGAGCCUCCAGAAGACGUUGAAAAAUUCUUUAAAUCGUUCCCGCCCGGGUAUCGCUUCAAGCCUCGUGAUGAAGAACUCGUCGUUCAUUACUUGAAGAACAAGCUGUUCAACAAGCCAUUACCACCCAACAGGAUCAAGGAGGUUCAAUUGUACAAGUACAAUCCUGAGACCCUCGUUGAGCAAAAUAAGUCAUAUGGGGAAGGAGAAUGGUACUUUUUCACACCGAGAGACAAAAAAUAUAGGAAUGGGUCUCGACCAAGGCGAGCAGCUGGCGAUGGAUAUUGGAAAGCCACGGGAGCAGACAGAGUGCUUAAGUUCCGAGGGGUUGAAGUUGGAUAUAGGAAGGCCUUGGUUUUCUACAGAGGGAAACCACCCAAGGGACAAAAGACUGAUUGGAUGAUGCAUGAAUUCCGACUCAAAGAUCCUCCAAAAAUAUCCAAUCUCAACAAAGAUGAUAUGCGACUGGAUGAUUGGGUGUUAUGCAAAAUUUAUAAAAAGAUGGAUAAAUCUAUGAAAAGUUGUGGUUCUCGGCAGGCUGCCAGUACCCAAAACCAAGAGUCGGACAGUGAGGUUCAACCUGAAUCAGGGAACAAGGCUGUUGAGUUGGAGAGAGAGGCUUCAGGGUAUGUUUUGGGUGAAACAGCAGAUGGUUUUGCACAAGGAUUCAUGGCUUUCAGUGAAUGGGGACAUGAUCACGAGUUGGAAGAGCAUGGUGGUCCUUUCAAAGGACUUGCUACCUCUCUGGGAAGUUUCUAUGAUGAUUCCAUGUUGGAGCAAAAUUCUAUAAUGUUUCCGAACAGCAUUUCUGAUUAUUAUGAUGAGAAUUUGAUGCAGCAGAUGACAGUACUGGAACCAUUACCAUCAUCCAUACCUCCGUUCCGUUCAUUCCGUUCGAUGGACAAACUUCCAAGUGUCUCGCACAAUUUCGAUUUUUCCUCUCAAUUUUUUGAUCUAUAAGCGUUAGGAAUCAGGAUCUAGAAUUUAGGAACUAUAGGCCUUAAUUUCCUUUAGUUUCUUUCUUGCAUGACAUUAUUUCAGACUUAAGUUUUAAGGUACAAGGUCAGUUCAUGGUGUGUUAAGAUGAUUGAAAUAUUAUUCUAUUUACCAUAGAAUUAGUUAGUUA